UAAGAUGAUGGAGGCAAAAAGUAUUAGUGGCGAGGAUAGAAUAUCAGAGUUGCCUGUGCAAAUCAUUUAUCAGAUCUUAUACCAGACUGAAAUUACCCCAAAAAAGGCGGCUCAAACUUGUGUCUUAUCCAAGAGGUGGUAUAAUUUUUGGAUUUCACGGCCUAAUCUGGUACUCAAUCACGAACGAAAAUCUUGGGAAAAUUUUGUCAACUUUGUUGAUCAGUCCCUACGACCCCAUGUUGAAAAACAUUUAUGUCUAGAGCAAUUUAGCAUUAAAUGCGAAUAUCAUCACAAAAAAUUGGCUUCUGCUAUAGAUCGUUGGAUUGAUUUGGUGGUUAAACUUAACGUCAAAGUACUAGAGCUUCACCCUUGGAAUUCUGAUACGUACUACUAUAGUUUACCUGAUGCUAUUUAUGCAGCUAGAGAACUGAAAACAUUGACACUAGAGAGGUGUAAGUUUGAAUUUGAUAUUAGCACAACUAAAAUCAUAACAUUCUGUAAUCUAAAAAUCCUUGAUUUGCGGAGUGCCCAUAUAUUAGAAGACCAAUUGCAAAGACUUCUCGCCAGAUGCCCAUUCAUCAGGACUCUACAACUAGUUAAUUGCCAGGGUAUAAACAAAUUACAUGUUUUUGGCCUAGUACAUUUGGAGAAUUUGGUGGUUGUAUUGGGUGUAUUGGACAGUCUCAAAAGCUUGAUAGUCCAGGCUCCAAAUCUUCGAUACUUUGGAUGUGGAGGGAUGGCACAAUUAAGCAAGGGAAGUGAGGACAAUCUUGUUCCUUGCAACAUUGCAAUUGUGGAUGCUUACAAUACUUUUGAAACACUCAAACUCUGGGAUGUCAUCACAGAGAAACUGUUUCAAGACAUGUUCUCUAAGCACUCAAACAUUUUUGAAUUGGAUCUAGAAAGUUGCUAUGAGCUGAAAAAUAUAGAGAUUGUGAGCGAAAAACUCAAGAAGUUGACCUUAUCGAAGUCGAGGAAUCUGGAACAAGUCAAGAUUCAAGCUCCAAAUUUGACGGAAUUUGUUUCUGAGGGUGACAAAAUUCCCUUCGACCUUCCUCACUUUGUUCAAAAGUCCAACUAUUCUAAAGGUCUCAUACUAGCAAUAUUUUGCGAGAAGACAAACCAUCUUUAUAUAUGAAGAUCCAAAAGAAAUUGUUGUUCCUCCAUUUGAUAAAGUCAGGAUACUAUUUAGACCUGUGAAGCAUCUUGAAUCAUUCAUACAUGAUUUAAUGACAAUGUAUCCCAAGACCAUGUCAAUACUUUCUAUUACAAAUAGCAAACUACUCCAGGUGCUGCCUACCUUAAUAGGAUGCCCAUAUGAUGCCAAAACCAAGCGUUCCUACUGGCAGCGUCGAUUGAAAGAAGUCAGUACGUACACAAUUGAGAAGGAAAUGGACGCCCUUCGGUAUAGUUGGUUAAAGUCCACGCCUCUGUUUGAUCAAGUGACUACUUUCAUGUUCAAAUGGUAAUAACAAGCUUGGUAUGAUUCUCUCAAGAGCCACAGAUACAUCAGCAUUAGUUUUAGUAUGUUCAGACUUAGUAUGAUUGUCUAGAGAGUCGUAUAUAAAUCCAGCAUUUAGUCUGAGUUAGUAUAUAAUAUGAUCUAUUAUAUAUAAACGUGAUUCUGAAAGCAGUGAAUUCAGUUGAACUUAUUAAACUCAA